AUGGGACCGUACGGGAUGGACCGAGCCGUGCACUGCUUCGACUUCUACGAGUGUGCAAACGGGCUGGGCAUCAAGGUCAUCGGUGGCAUCAAGGAGCUCACUGGAGAAGAAUAUGGAGUUUAUGUCAAGAGGAUCCUUCCAGGGGGUGUUGCUUAUGCAGAUGGCCGCCUGCAGCCAGGGGACCAGAUCCUGGAGGUCAAUGGAGAGUCCCUAAUUGGGGUUACCAGUGAAAGGGCCGUGGACAUCCUGAGGACAGCGUCGGCCACCAGCCACAUGCGGCUCCUGAUCGCCCGCGAUGACGACGCCAGGAGAGAGUUCUCUGAGCUGCUGGAGAAGUUUGGCUCCCAGAGCAACACAGGCUCGGCGCGGAGCUCGCCGGUCCUGCACGGCGGCAGUCGGUACCUGGAGAGCACCUCAUCGGGCUCGUCGUCGCGCUCGCAGAGCCCGCUGCUGCUGAGCCCGGCCACCUCGCACGGCCCCUUCCUGGGCAGCCUGGCGCACGCUCCUCACGCACACUACUCCAUUGACUCAGGAAUCCAGAGCAUCUCUGUAGCAAACUCCUCUGGCUUGGGGCUGACAAUCAGUGGUGGAUCCAACAGGCCUGACGGGCCCAUGAUUUAUGUCCAAGAGCUUUUGCCAGAUGGGGACUGUUACAAGGAUGGUCGGCUCCGACCUGGAGACCAACUCAUUGCCAUCAACAGAGAUUCUCUGGUGGGCAGCACACAUGAGGAGGCCAGAAAAAUAAUUGAAAAAGCCAAAUUCAGACACGAGGGAAGCACAGAAGUGGCCUUUAUCCCUGGGAGGGGACGGUUACACCCUGGCCUGUCAGUGCACAGCAACAGCCCAUCCCCACCUCCAAAGGCUCUGGGGAAUGGCCUGAGCUCCUGCAGGCUGAAGGUCCACGUGAGGUCCCCAGAGAAUAGACGUGAAAAUCCUUUUCCUGUGCCUUCUUUGUCUCCGGACAUUUGCCCACCAGAGCUCACAGUCUCAGCACCUGCUUCAGCUUCUAACUACAAAGCAGCUUCAGGCACCAAACCUAAAGUAGCCCUGGAUCCCCAUAUCCGGCUCAAGGAUGGAAAACUGGAACUGGUUCUGCAGUACCUUGGUCUGGAUGUGACUGAGGAGAAGAAGAGGCAGCUCCGGCAAAGCCUGACCACAGACUCACAGGGGACUGUGGCCUAUGGAGAUGUUCUCCAAGCACUCAGGGAUCUGAUGCAGGAGGAGCUGGACGAGGCUGGUCUGGAUUCCAGCUCUGUGCUCUUCACUCAGCACGAAGUGGCCAAUUUGCUGGAUACAUCAGCUUUUCACUCCCUGACCUUUGACUCUCUCAACUGCAAUGGCAGCGAGGACCUGGAGCAGCUGCAGCUGGAGAUGAGGGAUCUGCGGCACGAAGUCCGCAGGCUGAAGUCUCUCCUGAGAGAAGUGGAGAGCAGCAAGAAGUCGAUGGAGGAUGAGCUUCAGCGGCUGAACCAAAAGGCGCUGGGGUUCCUGUCAGAGAACAGGAGCCUGCACAGCAAACUGCAGAUGGCCGAGGUGGUGCAGAGACAGGCCCACAGCGCCGAGCAGGACUACGAGGAAGUGAUCCACCUGCUGGAGGCUGAAAUUGCAGAACUGAAGAUGCAGCUGGCAGGGAAAAAAGCAAAGCACGUCUCUGAAAUAGAGGAGGACAUCCUGGAGCUGAGGAGGCAGCUGUCCCUGGCUGAUGGCCAGCUACGAAAAUCCGAAGUGUCGCGGAAGCGCCUGGAGAUUUGCAAUAGGAAACUGCUCCUGUUUGUGCAGAACAUUUACAAGGUCCUGAGCACACACAGUCAUUUACCAGAUGAGAAAAGCGUCAACCAUGAAACAGAAGAGGAUAAAACAGAUGCAGUCUCAGACACAUCUCUUCCACCUUCAGAUCUUGUUGACCUUUUGCUAUCAGAAGCUAAAGAGCUGUUAGCACCAAUCCUCUCCAACAAGGACGCUCUGCCAUGGGACAGGGACCAGUGCCUGCCUGCUGAAGGAAUCCCAAAUUACAAGGACCACCUCCAUCAGAAGACUACGUGGCCCCCUCCUGCAGGCCAGACCAAGAGUGACCAACCACAGCCACCAAGCCCCACGGAAUUGCCUAAGAAGCCGACAUAAACAUCCCAUGGCUUGGUGGUGCCCUGAACCAUGACCAUCCAUCCCAAGGGAUGGGAAAGACACCCCCAGGCACCUCAGCUUCCAGGCCAAGCAGACUGAGAACAAGAAUCAUUCUUCCUAACUAUCCAAGACUUUUUCAGCAACCUCCCCUGCGUGUCUACCUCCGAGUUAUCAUACAAGGCUUUUUGCUCAUGGUUUUGCAGCUUUAUAGGAAAAAUAUUCUCAUGAGGCUACAGAGGCCUGGAUUUCUGUGGCAGCCUUUUAGAGCUUGUAUUCUGGGUAGCAUGAAUGUACCUGAGGGACUCAGGGGUCUCCAACAGAUCCCUUUUGGUAUUUCAGAUGAAAAACCAAAGUCUAUUUAGUGACUGUAAUCAAAGCAGCUUAAUCCCUAGUGUCCUAGUUGUCUUGGGAUAGGAAUUUCUCUUUUUAUUCUUUUUGUAUAGCUUAUCCCAGCUGCAGUGCUUGGAGUGGGAAGCAGCAGCUCAGGCAGUUGCUGGCCAGAGGGCAGGAGGCCAGCAGGGUGCUGUGGUCACAGCGUGGACAGCGAGCCCUCCCUGGAACGUGGCAGGACAUAGUGGG